UCCUAUUGGCUGACACUCUCACCGCGAUGAACGGAAUCUCUUUUUGUAAUCUCACCGCCUUGAAUUUUCUAAACCCUAAAUUCAGCUCCAACAGCACUCUAUAUUUGAACAAUCCACCGGUCACAACGCUCGAUUGGGCUUCCGAAUUUUGACAGAGAUGUCUGAGAAGUUCUCGCCGACGUUAAGAAUUGGAGAUCUCAGCGAUUUUAUCGCGCCGUCGCAGGAUUGCGUAGUUUCUCUUAAAAAAGCCACCGCUAGAAACCCUGGUAAACAGGUUUCUAGUUCUAGCAGGCAGCAAGCUGAACCGGUUAAAAUAUCACUCAAGGAUUGCUUAGCUUGCAGCGGAUGCAUAACAUCAGCUGAGACAGUAAUGCUUGAGAAGCAAAGCUUGGAUGAGUUUUUAUCUAAUAUUAAUAAAGGAAAGGCUGUCAUUGUUUCACUAUCUCCACAGUCUAGAGCUUCUCUUGCUGUUCAUUUCGGCCUUUCUCCCCUUCAGGUUUUUAAGAAACUUACAACAUUGCUGAAGUCUUUAGGAGUAAAGGCUGUAUUUGACACAAGUUGCAGUAGAGACAUAACGCUUAUUGAAACUUGUAAUGAGUUUAUCAGUAGGUACAAAUGGAUCCAAGAAUCUGGUGAUGAAAAGUCUAAAUCCUCCUUGCCCAUGCUUUCAUCGGCAUGUCCAGGUUGGAUAUGCUAUGCUGAAAAACAACUUGGGUCUUAUAUUCUGCCUUAUAUAUCUUCUGUGAAGAGUCCCCAACAAACAAUUGGAGCUACUAUCAAACAUCAUGUAUGCCAAAAACUAGGUCUCAGGCCAGACGAGAUUUACCAUGUGACUGUGAUGCCUUGUUAUGAUAAGAAGCUUGAAGCUGUCAGAGAUGACUUUGUUUUCCAAGUCGAAUCUCAAGAAAAAUGUAAUAGUGAAGGUCCUAUGAUAUCUGAGGUUGAUUCAGUCUUGACAUCCGGUGAAGUCUUAGAUUUGAUACAGUUAAAAACUGCAGAUUUUAAAGCCUUAGAGGAAUCUUCUCUUGAUAAGAUGUUGACAAAUGUUGAUGAAGAAGGACAUCUUUAUGGGGUCCCUGGAAGCUCUGGAGGUUAUGCAGAAACAGUUUUCAGAUAUGCUGCUAAAAUGCUUUUUGGGAGAAAUUUUGAAGGCGAACUGAACUUCAAAACCAUAAGAAAUUCUGAUUUCAGAGAGGUGGUUUUGGAAGUGGAGAGAAAAACAGUGUUGAAAUUUGCACUAUGUUAUGGCUUCCAGAAUCUGCAGAAUAUUGUCAGAAAAGUGAAAAUGCAAAAAUGUGAUUAUCAUUUUGUGGAGGUCAUGGCAUGUCCUGCAGGUUGCUUGAAUGGUGGAGGUCAAAUCAAGCCAAAACCAGGGCAAUCUCCAAAAGAAUUGAUUCAGUCAUUGGAAACCAUCUAUAUGGAAAAUGUGUUGGUGGCUGAUCCUUUUAAGAAUCCUCUUGUGAAAAGCCUAUAUGAUGAGUGGCUUGAGCAACCUGGUUCUGAGAAAGCUAAAAGACACAUGCACACAGAAUAUCACCCUGUGGUAAAAAGCAUUACUGCUCAGUUACACAAUUGGUAAAAGCUGUUUUCAAGCACUUGAUCAUAACAGUUUUUGAACGGAAAACUCUUAUUGAGCCUCAUGCCCGCUCAAUGGUGCUAUUGUAGCGAUCACACAACACCUCAUCAACUCUGGCCCCGAAAUUUUUCAAUUACAAGACUUCAUUGCAGGGGCGUUCAAUUUUGGUAGAGCAAACAAAUGUUUUCAUUUUUCCCCCUUUUCACCCAUGUACAUGCCAUAUAUUAGAAUCUUGUUUUAUACAUAGAAGAAAAGGUUCAUUUGGUCACAUGAACUUUUUGGCUCAGCUGUGGGUAUUUUUUUUGGGUUAAAUGGUCCCAAUUAAGUUCCCUUCAUUCAUGCUCAUGGCACUUGUUUAUGGAUCUGUCACUCUUAUUUGUAAAAUUUAACAGGUUUUGGGGAGUGGUGGUGGUUGCCAUGAUAGGAAAUAAUAGUCCUUGAAUGUAUGUGCUGAUUUAACUUAAUGAUAGAAAUUGAAAUUUAUUAAUUUA